ACGUGCUUGUGUGCCUGUUCUUAUUGUAUUUGUGUGCAUGUGUGCUUUUGUGUACGAAUAUGAGCAUUGUGUGUUUGUGUGUGUGUAUUGGUCUCCAUGUGUGUGUUCAGUGUGCGUUUGCCUGUGUAUGUGUGAGGGCACAUUUGUGCGUGUUUGUGCUGUGAGCGGCUGGGUGCUACCACGCUCCUGCCCUUCCUGGGCGAUCUACUCCAUCCAGGCUUGGUCUGGGCAGAGGAGGAGGCCAGGGACCUGGCAGGCGAGUGGAGAGUGGAGGGUGUGCGCUGGUGCGAGCAGGCAGCGCCUCCGCGGCCGCCACCGCGCUGGCUUUACCCUUUAAAUCGGUCUCCAAGCCGAUUACUGCUGAUCUCCCACGUGACGUUUUACCUUCUGUCUCCCAGAGCGCGUUGCCCGAGGACAGUCCUCUAGCUGCCGCGCGCCACACAGCAUAGCUCAGCCCGCCGCAGAGGCAGGGCUCCCGCAACACUUCGGGUGGAGCGACACCGGUCCGGGCGCCCUCGGAGGGUCACUCGGCACCGGGCUUCCGGGGAUCGGGAGGUGUCAAGGGCCGGAGAGGGCGCGGUCGGGGAGGAGACCGUGCCCCAGCCUGGAUAGGAGCCCUAGGUCUGGGCGGCAAGCGGGGUGCCCUGUGGCAGGCGAACUGGGGUGCGUCCUUUCAGAGGGCACUCUGCGAUGACCCCGCCGCGGAGCUGAGGCUGCGACCCGAAAGCCCUCCGCGCCCUCGCCAUGCAGAAAAGUGUGCGCUACAACGAGGGGCACGCCCUGUACCUGGCCUUCCUGGCGCGCAAGGAGGGCACCAAGCGCGGUUUCCUGAGCAAAAAGGCUGCCGAGGCGAGCCGCUGGCACGAGAAGUGGUUCGCUCUCUAUCAGAAUGUGCUCUUUUACUUCGAAGGCGAACAGAGCGGCCGCCCAGCGGGCAUGUACCUCCUAGAGGGCUGCAGCUGUGAGCGGACGCCCGCCCCACCAAGGACCAACGCAGGACCCGCAGGCGCCCGGGACGCGCUGGACAAACAGUAUUACUUCACUGUCCUUUUUGGUCACGAAGGUCAGAAACCACUGGAGCUGCGCUGUGAGGAGGAGCAAGCAGGGAAAGAGUGGAUGGAGGCCAUUCACCAAGCCAGUUACGCAGACAUUUUGAUUGAGAGGGAAGUGUUAAUGCAAAAGUACAUUCAUCUAGUUCAGAUUGUGGAGACAGAAAAAAUUGCUGCUAACCAACUCCGACAUCAACUCGAAGAUCAAGAUACCGAAAUUGAAAGACUUAAAUCAGAGAUUGUUGCUCUUAAUAAGACCAAGGAACGGAUGCGCCCGUAUCAUACCCAUCAAGAGGAGGAGGAUCCAGACAUCAAGAAGAUCAAGAAGGUUCAGAGCUUCAUGAGAGGGUGGCUGUGCAGGAGGAAGUGGAAGACCAUCGUUCAGGACUACAUUUGUUCCCCCCAUGCUGAGAGCAUGAGGAAGAGGAACCAGAUUGUCUUCACGAUGGUGGAGGCCGAGUCAGAAUAUGUGCACCAGCUCUACAUCCUGGUGAACGGUUUCCUCAGGCCUCUGCGCAUGGCAGCCAGCUCCAAGAAGCCCCCCAUUAGCCAUGAUGAUGUCAGCAGCAUUUUCCUCAACAGUGAAACAAUCAUGUUUCUUCAUGAAAUAUUCCAUCAAGGUCUAAAGGCAAGGCUGGCAAAUUGGCCCACUUUGGUUUUAGCUGAUCUCUUUGAUAUUUUGCUGCCUAUGCUCAACAUUUAUCAAGAAUUUGUGCGUAAUCAUCAGUACAGCCUCCAAGUACUUGCCAACUGUAAGCAAAAUAGAGAUUUUGACAAGCUCUUAAAGCAGUAUGAAGGCAACCCUGCCUGUGAGGGAAGGAUGCUGGAGACAUUCUUGACUUACCCAAUGUUUCAGAUCCCCAGGUAUAUCAUCACGCUGCACGAACUCCUGGCUCACACCCCCCAUGAACACGUGGAGAGGAAAAGUCUGGAGUUCGCUAAGUCAAAGCUGGAGGAACUGUCCAGAGUGAUGCACGACGAAGUCAGUGACACCGAAAACAUACGGAAAAAUCUCGCCAUUGAGAGGAUGAUCGUGGAGGGCUGCGACAUUUUGCUAGACACCAGUCAAACUUUCAUCCGACAAGGUUCUCUUAUCCAAGUACCUUCUGUGGAGAGGGGGAAACUCAGUAAAGUCCGCCUGGGCUCCCUGUCUUUGAAAAAGGAAGGCGAGAGACAAUGUUUCUUAUUCACGAAGCACUUUCUGAUCUGUACCCGAAGUUCAGGAGGAAAGCUUCAUUUGCUCAAGACAGGUGGGGUUCUCUCCCUCAUUCAGUGUACGUUGAUCGAGGAGCCGGACACAAGUGAUGAUGACACCAAAGGUCCUGGUCACAUGUUCGGACAUCUGGAUUUUAAAAUUGUCGUGGAGCCUCCUGAUGCUGCCCCGUUCACUGUGGUCUUGCUAGCACCUUCGCGCCAGGAGAAGGCUGCCUGGAUGAGCGACAUCAGCCAGUGCGUGGACAAUAUCCGAUGCAAUGGAUUGAUGACUAUAGUCUUCGAAGAGAAUUCUAAAGUUACUGUGCCCCAUAUGAUAAAUAAAACACUCAAUUCCUGCAAAGUGCCCCAGAUCCGCUACGCCAGCGUGGAGCGCCUCUUGGAGCGGUUGACGGAUUUGCGGUUUCUGAGCAUCGAUUUCCUCAACACCUUCCUGCACACCUACCGCAUUUUCACCACGGCUGCCGUAGUGCUGGGGAAGCUCUCCGACAUCUACAAGAGGCCUUUCACCUCCAUUCCUGUCAGAUCACUAGAGUUAUUUUUUGCCACGAGCCAGAACAACAGAGAACAUUUGGUCGAUGGAAAAUCCCCACGUCUUUGUCGCAAGUUCUCUUCCCCACCUCCCCUGGCUGUAUCCAGAACGUCCUCCCCAGUGAGGGCCAGAAAGCUGUCUUUGACAUCUUCCUUGAACUCAAGGAUCGGAGCCUUGGACCUGACUACAUCCUCAUCUUCCAGUAGUCCCACCACUGUCCACAGUCCUGCUGCGUCCCCACCACCUCACACUGCUGUCCCAGAGUCUGCACCAGCCGACCGAGCAGGAGACUCCACAGACAUGUCACCUUGUAGAUCUCCCUCAACCACUCCCCGGCACCUCCGAUAUCGCCAGCCUGGAGGACAGGUAGCUGACAGCACCCACUGCGCUGUUUCACCUGCUUCUGCCUUUGCGAUCGCCACAGCAGCAGCAGGACAUGGGAGUCCGCCAGGAUUUAACAACGAGAGGACAUGUGACAAGGAGUUCAUCAUACGGAGAACAGCCACCAAUCGAGUCCUGAAUGUCCUCCGCCACUGGGUUUCAAAGCAUGCACAGGAUUUUGAACUCAAUAAUGAACUCAAAAUGAAUGUUCUGAACUUGCUAGAAGAAGUUCUACGAGACCCGGACCUUCUUCCUCAAGAAAGGAAAGCCACGGCGAACAUCCUGAGGGCUCUUUCACAAGAUGAUCAAGAUGACAUCCACCUAAAAUUAGAGGAUAUAAUUCAAAUGACAGACUGUCCAAAGGCCGAGUGCUUUGAGACAUUGUCAGCCAUGGAGCUGGCUGAGCAGAUCACUCUCCUGGACCACAUUGUUUUCAGAAGCAUCCCCUAUGAAGAGUUUCUUGGGCAGGGCUGGAUGAAGCUGGAUAAAAACGAAAGGACUCCUUAUAUCAUGAAAACCAGCCAGCACUUCAAUGAGAUGAGUAACCUGGUGGCCUCCCAGAUAAUGAAUUAUGCUGACAUCAGUUCCCGUGCCAAUGCCAUUGAGAAGUGGGUAGCAGUGGCGGACAUCUGCCGAUGUCUACACAACUACAAUGGUGUGCUGGAGAUCACCUCGGCCUUAAACAGAAGUGCCAUCUACAGGCUGAAGAAAACCUGGACCAAGGUGUCCAAGCAGACAAAAGCUCUGAUGGACAAACUUCAGAAGACUGUCUCGUCUGAAGGAAGAUUUAAAAACCUCAGAGAAACUCUCAAAAACUGUAACCCCCCAGCUGUCCCUUACCUUGGGAUGUACUUGACAGACCUGGCAUUCAUUGAAGAAGGGACACCGAACUUUACCGAAGAAGGCCUUGUCAAUUUCUCCAAAAUGCGAAUGAUAUCACACAUCAUUCGUGAGAUACGCCAGUUCCAGCAGACCGCUUACCGCAUAGACCAGCAGCCAAAGGUCAUACAAUACCUGCUUGACAAAGCCCUUGUCAUAGAUGAAGAUACACUCUAUGAGCUGUCACUCAAGAUUGAACCUCGACUCCCUGCCUGAAGAUCUGGCCCUGUCCCCGAGACCACUGGAAUUCCGUGGAAAGUGGGUCACGCAUGGCACAGGGGGGAACCAGAGGGACAACGCCUGCCUCCUUUCACCACCAAAGACGGAACCUAACUGUAAUUCUGUCUCCAGCAAGAGUGAAGCCCUGCUGCAUGGGCCAAAGGCAGAUGCUCCAGGCUUGGGUGGGAAGGUGUAAACGGUGAAGCCUGGGGAAGCUGAUGGCACAGUUUGCGUAAGGGGUACAGUACGGAGACGCUGGUAGCAAUUGUAAUGAAGUGGAAUGAAACUAAACCUUCCCUGCCCUGUGCUCUGUUAGAACUCAGGGACGAGGUCCCACAGAGAAGGCCUGCAAUGUUUCUUUGUCACUCUACCAGCCUGGGCACACCUCUACCAACGCCCUAGGACUCAAUUGCUUCUGUCACAGCUUCUUUAUGCCAAGCAUCAUGGCCAGGCUGAAGCUUCCUCUCUAGGCCCAGCACAAAAGCAGUUUCAGCACGCAGCAUGUGCAUGGCUCUCAGUGCGUUCUACGUGCAUGGAGUGGUGUCCUCUCAAAAUGGCCGUUUUUACCCUUUAGGCAAUAGGACAGGAAAUAAAAGAUUAAAAAUGCAGUGGAUUUGUGGGUAGCAUUUCCUUAAUGACAAGUAUCCAGUGUCCCAUAGGCUCGAGUGGGGGCUUCACUGAGAGAUUGGUGGCCCCAAGAAGCUGCCCCCUUGGAGAACCAAGCAUGGAGGUCUCAGUAAGAUGCAUGCCCAUGUCAGUCACCUGACCAAACUGUGGAAUGUGCUGUGAAGAGAAAUGACUUUUACUAAGGAAACGUAGGCCUAAAAAUCACCUUCGCUGGUUUCACUUAUUUUCCUUUCCCCCAAAUUACCCCAGAACCUUUUUCUGUUGUGUACAAACCCAUUGGGGUUCAUUGUGAGCACUGGCUAUACUUUGAAAAAGAGCAUUUUGUGGGCUUUUCUUUUUUCUUUCUUUUUCUGUUGGAGAGCUCACACUUGCUUGUGCUGUUGGCAGACAGUCCUUUCUCCUGUCUCAGACAUCUUUGUUUAAAAUGAUUUUGAGAUCAUUCUGCAUAAAAGAAAAAAAAACUCUAAGUGCAGGGGUAAUGGCCCGGAGCACACCACAGCUCUUACCGCAUAAAAACCAAAUGAAGGGGGUUUCCUUGCACCCCAAGCCUGGAUAAGUGGCCUUGGUCUCCUCACAAUGGUUCGUUGUUAAAGGAAUGGGGGUCUCCUCGACUGCCUCCCUCUCCUAGUCUCAGGAAGACCACUGCUUUAAAAGAAGGCAGCGAAGUGGGUAAUUAUUCUUUGAGCCUAGUGGACUGGGCAUUUUUCCCUUAGAGGAAUGAUGCUUAUUGAUGCUGACAGUGGUGACUGACCUGCCUGCUAUUUCUCCUCUUCCCUUGCAUUUUAAUUGCGUGGUAGAGCUAACAACGAGCUGGUGCUUUCCACUUGUUGGCUUAAGCGCUAGCAUCGGUGAUGUACCACAGAGCUAGCAAAGGCACAUUUACUGCAAGCAUUGGCCAUCCUUGUAUAUAACUGCAUAGAGAAAUACAAACUGAGUGAAAAAUAUUUACAGUAUAUGAACUCCACUCCAAAAGUCUUUUCGCUGGUUCCUAUUAGCCGACAGUGUAGCACUAAGUCCCACGGGGGGCACUUACAGACGCGUUCUCCUUUUUGUUCAUUUAUUUCCUGAGUUGCUUGUUUGUCCUCUUCGGUUUCGGAGAAGAGAUCAUUGCAUCGUGGUGCAUGAUGACAGCAUAGGAUGUUGGACGCUAACUGUGCAUACCUUGUGACUUGUUUCUCCGUGUUCGGAGGCCAAACAAGAUCGUAGAGAGAAAAAAGCAAAGGUCAGCAUUCUUGAGAGGACCACAGCAUACCAACUUCAUGAAAAACACCACUGGGAAAGGAGUACCCCCAUCGACUCCGACCCACCCUGCUUCCGCUCCACCCCGUCCCUGCCCUUCAGGGGAUGGCUCUGUGUGCACAUUGCUCAGGAGUUUGGGCUCCUAUUUCCCCAAUGUUGUAUUCCAGAGGCCAGUGCAGCCAUUCUUAGUUUAAAAAAAAUAAGAGGAAGGAAUUUCUAAUGCCCCUCAUCUGUUGAAACGCAGCUUUUCUGGGGAGCUUGUUCACAGUAGAAUGUUGGGAGUGCCCCCAGUGGUCAUUGUGGGUACUGCCAUCGCUUUUUACUCCAUUUCUUCACCUUGUUAGAGCUAAAGAUCGUAUGUGGGUUAGCCAAGGCAGGAAUGCACAUUUAGAAACAAAACACCUCCACUUGGUCACAUUUAAAACUCACCAGAGCAAUUUGUGAUUUUUCCUGUGAUUGUUGAAAGCCCCUGUUCUUUGAAGCUUUCUAUGUACUUGUAGGAUGCGACGCAUGUGCUCCAGUCUGUGUCUGCCAACACUCUGCUUUAGAAGACAGAUUCCUAAGAGCACUGGGAGUCCGGCUUCCAAAGAUGAAGAAGUGAACACGUGUACUGAAACAUUAACAGGAAAUCAACCUGCUUUCAUGCUUUCAAAUGAGUGCAUCAUCUCGCUAGUCGGUGGCGUGGCUGUGAGGAAGGAUUUGGGGGACGCCCAAGACAUCUCCACACUUAGUACAGAAACAAAUCUCUUACCGAAGCCCUCUACCAUAUGUGACAGUUGCAGGCUUGAAGUAUAAUCCUGUCAGUUUUUGUUAGCAAUUUAACAGGGGAAUAUAAAGAGGGGGUUUUAAGCUGCUGUGGAAAUAUUUUGGAGUGUCCCUGACACAAAGUCCCCUUUGCUGUCUGUUUCUGCAUCUCAAAGUACUACACACAAACAUGAAACUCACAGACGCCGGAUCAUCCGCUGUGAGCCGUUCAAUGUGAGCAUGGGCCCUUCCCCUUUCUUUCACGUUAGGUGAGACCAAACGGUGGGCGAGCAGACAUUGCAUCUUACCUAAAGAGGAGCGCAAUACAGCGGUCGUUCCCAAAUCUGUCAGCUUUCACAUUAAAAAAAAAAAAAAAAGGAUGUUUUAGCUUUUCUUUUCAACUUUAAUGUCAUUCCCCAACAAAAACAUCUCUUGUUUUAAAUGUUUCCUUGAAAUUUAAACUGCAAGCAUUACCAUUCCUACUGUGGUUGGAAUGGCAUGAGAGAUAAUAUACCAUACAAUGAUUUUAGCCCAGCUGAUGUCCGCAGCUGGAGGAGACUCCUGAACGGAAUUCAUUCAUUUCCAUCUCUGUGAGAAAUAAGACUGUAAGGCUGGUGACUUUUACACGCACCUCUACGGUUCCUGGAAAUCCGACUCUAGUCGGUGGAAUGUAAUGGGUAUUCUUUCCUUACCUUAAAGUGGGAGAGAACAGAAAUAGAGAAGAACCUUUUGUUGUAGGUGCUGACAUGUGAGCGAUCUAACAAAGUUUCCACUUCUGCUGACAUUUCAUUUGGGGGCAUGGCAUUAAGGUUACUGUUGAUUGUCCUUGAUCCGGUCUGCUCUAGGACAACACUCACCCUGUUUCACAAUGUCGAACCCUUGUCUCUGCACAUUUCAGUUUGAACCAGAAAGUCGGUGAUGAAAUAGCACUGGGCCAGACAUGAGCCUCAGCACAGCUCUGCACUGCCCACCGAAAAGUAUAAGCCAGUGUUUACACCUCUGAGUCUCGCUUUUCACAUCUGCAAAAUGGGAUUAAUCAUAAUUCCUGUGCUGUCUACCUCACUGGGCUGUCCUGAGGAUCAAAGGGGUCAGAAUGUAAACUGUAAAGUGCUGUACGGUUGUGAGGUGACCGACUGCCAUUCUCAGCUCUCUUUUGCAGAGGAAUUAAAUGUACUUAUUAUUUGUGUGUGUGUGUGUGUGUGUGUGUGUGUGUGUGUGUGUGUGUGUGUGUUUCUAUGUGCGAACACAUGUGAUGGUCAGUGAAACGCAUUGUUUGUGUCUGGCUACUUUGCACAUCUGCUGUCAUUUGUAACUCUAAAGGGUGGAUCUGUGUUGUGUCCAAGCACUUGCCAAGUGAGGUGUAGGUUAUGCCGAUAUGCAAAUUAAACGUCGCCUUUCUUCAGUA